CCCUGGCAGGCAUCAGAGCACAGCUGACCAGCGACCCUGACAGGAGCAGCUCUCUCUGCACUCCUCAGGAAGGUGUGGAAACCAACCCCCAGCCUGUCUCAUCUCCUACAGAGGGAAGAAGAGCCUUCCACCUCCCUCUCUGCUCCCUCUCUCGCUUGUGUCGGCUGAAGGAUGGGCAGGUCUCUGUGCAUCACGACUCCAUUUGCUGGGUUGUUUGGUCCUGUGGUGGGGCAACAGGACUGCCGGUCUUGCAUACACCUGGAGAUAGGCACUGUGGUGGGCAUCAUCGUGGCUGACAUUGUCCUGACCCUCCUUAUCGCCCUCUCUGUCUUUUUCUUUGUGUCCCGCCUGAAGAAGAGGACUCGGCUAGAAGCCCUGGAAAUUAAAGAGAAAACACAGUCUAAAACACAGGCCAAAACACAGGCUAUGUCUACGAGAAAGAAGCCAGAAGCAGAGUCUCCCUACCAGGAGCUUCAGGGGGUGCAGGACGAUGUGUACAGUGAUCUCAGACAGUUCCAGAAACAAGGCCACUCCAGACCAAGCGUCAAAGGAUCCUGAAGCUCUAUUGGCCGCUCCUUCAGCUGGCGUGGCUGCUUUCAAAGCACACACACUCCAGCUGUGUGACACUGUCUGUCUGUCUCUCUGUCUGCAGCCUUUGCAAAGUAUGAAAAUACAAAUGCCAUGGUGAACCUGUGAGUAUAAAGGCCA